AUGCCCAAGUUAAAAUACAAAGAGCAUAGAAAAGAUGUAGAACACACUGACAAAUAUAGACGUCAUAAAAGGAAAAAGAAGCACAAAAGUAAAAAUGAAGGGGUUAACAGCCCUCCUCACCUGUUAGAAGAAGAAAGUGGUUGGAUACCGCCUUCGCACGCCUCGAAAGAAGACCAAGAAUGGCGAGAGCAUUUAUUCGAUGUCAUGUUGGAAGAUGAAGGUCAAGAUCCUUUCUAUACCAAUUAUAAUCAUACCCCGACAUCGUCUAAAUGGGAAAUGACUGAUGAGGAAUAUCGCCAGUAUAUUGUCGAUGGCAUGUAUAAAAAAAAGAAUGCAGAAAAGAUUGAAGCCGAAGAAAAGCUACGCAGAAAGAAAAAUAAAGAGCAAAAAGAAAAAGAUAGGAUAAGACGCGAACAAGGGAAGCAACAUGCUGAACAGAUUCGGCUGCAAAAUGUUUAUCGACAAGUAGAACGAACUCGAAAUGCAGAAAGGGCACGUUUGGAAUAUGAUGCCAAAUGGACGAAAUUAGAGCAAUUAUCUGUGAUAACAAGUUCAAAAGAUAUCCCUUGGCCUGUUAUAAGCAAGCCUUACAAUUUAGAGUCUGUGCGCUCCUUCUUGAUAUUAGAAAAUGCGACUUUAGAGGAAACAAAGAAAAGAGUGAGAAAAGAACAAACAAGGUAUCACCCAGACAAGUUUAUUUCCAAAUACAUGAAGAAAUUUGAAGGAUCAGAUAAAGAGAAGGAGCUUAUCAUAGCACGUAUUAAUGAUAUAUCCGGUUGGCUUAACGAGUUAUGGACGCAAGUGAAUGUACCGUAG